AGGAAUCUGCUUAUGAAGUUUACGUCAAAAUUACAGAAAAAUCUCCACCUACAGAGGCGAGAGAGGCGUGGCUUAGAAUAGGACUAUAUCAUAGAAGACAGAGUCAAUAUGACGAAGCUAUUAAAUGUUUUGCAUCAGAACGUUUCUGAUAGCAAUGUAUGGGAGUGCUUAGGUGAGGCUUAUCUCUCAAGAGGUAGUAACAUUGCAGCAAUGAAAGCAUUUGAAAAAGCAACUGAACUCAAUCCACAGUCUAUAUUCUCACAAUACCAGGUAGCAGCUAUGCAACAGUUGAUUGGUCUAUUAUCUGAAGCUGUUGCCAGCUACACACGAGUCCUUGAGCUGCAGGAUGAUUAUGUACCAGCUUUGAAAGGUAGAGCUGAGAGCUAUUAUAAGUUAUCACUGCUAGCCAUCAAUAAUGUACUGGACUCCAAAGCUGUCUCCUAUGUAUCACUUGCUCUUAUUGAUCUAUCCAAAGCAGUAAAGCUAAAACCCUCAUUCAUUAGUCUGUGGAAACUGAUUGGAGAUUCUUGUCUCUCCUUAUAUGGCAUUGCCGAAACUGUUGCUAGGGUCAGUGUUCCUUCCGAGUUGCUAGGCAACUGUGAGGGAUCAGAAAUUAUCAGUAAAAAGGCUUUACUUGAACUUGGGCUGAAAUCAUACAAGUGUAGUCUUCAUUUGUGUGAUGGCAAAUCUCCUUAUCUUAUUCAUAAUCUUGCACUUAAUUAUUACCACCUAGCAAAAGUUGAAGACGAUAAAGGAAUAUUUAGAAAUCUCGUUAAAAUUGAUUAAAAAUGCAAUCACUCUAUCACCGAGAGGCCACAUUCACUGGAACGCCCUUGGAGUAAUAGCAAUGCACUCUAAUUAUCAAUGAUAAAGCUUCCUCGCUCAAUGAGGAGAAAGAGUUUGUUAGUGUACCUCAAUUGAAUGAGGUACGGUCCUCAGGGAUGUAUCAU